GCAAAAUUACAAUACACUGAUGAAUGUCUGAUACUAAUGAAAUCAAUUAAUAGUUUUGUAAACUAUUAUUAAAAUUUUAUUCCCUAGGUAUAUAUUUUGAAUGUUUCGCCGUUCUUCGUUUAAACUGAGCGAUUUCGUAUAAAAAAAAAUUUGAUAUAUAGAGUAAAAUCGGUUACAUAGUUUAGUUCAAAAUUUUAACUACUAAAGAGUGUAAUAACGUAACCUCACUGAUGUUGAUUGCGUUUGCUUACAUCUUAAUCGUAUAUUUAUUAUUCAUUAUUAAAAAAAUAAAUGAUGGAACAAUUACAAGCAGCAUUGAUAGCAAUUACAGUAUUACGUUCUAACGUUGAUCGUGUUUUUGGAAUUUUUCUAAAUGAUUUACAUAGCGGAGAACAGAAUAAACAAGUUGCCUAUUUACAAGGAUUAUUAUCAACAGUUAACAUGAAUUUAAGGAAUGUAGUUCGAAAGAUUAAAAAUUUAAAACCGAUAUCACAUCCAUUAUAUUUGGAACGCAUGAAUAAUUUUAAUCAGCAAAGUGCAGAGAAAAGGCAAAUCAAUUACAUGAUGACUACCUUAACUCAAUUUUUUGGUGAUAUGACAAUAUCUGCCUCUAAAUCGGUUAAAUCAGAUAUAUCAUUCGAUAUUACAUUAGGAUACAUUUUAAAGGCAGUAAUAAUAAUUAGAGGUAUGAUGAUCGAAUGGAUUGUUGUAAAAGGUUAUGAAGAAUCAAUAGAUUUGUGGACACAAUCAAGGCAUAAAGUUUUCAGAAAAGUAACAGAAAAUGCUCUCGCUGCAAUACUACAUUUUGAUUCUGUAGAAUAUCCUGAAUUAGGUGUACAAUCGUUUAUGAUUUGGUUUCAUACUUUAAUCAAUCUGUUUAUUGAACCAUGUAAGCAUUGUGGUCUACAUCUAAACAAAUUCUCACCUCCAACUUGGAGAGAUUUUCAUAAUGGCGAAGCAUAUCACGAGGAAUGUAAACCAAACAAUAUUUCUUUUUCUAUUGCAAGAUAAGACAUUAUUAGAAUUCCUACACUUCUUUAUACGACAUUAAUUUUCAGUUAUUAUUUGCAUCACGAUAGUUAGCACUUUUUUGGAGGUUAAUUAAGAUAAUCGAUUAAAUAACUAAUUAGAUAACCAAUAA